UUUUAUCAAGUUAUGCAUGUAUAUAUGAUACAAUUUAUUUUUAUCAUUGAUAAUAUUCUAACCUCUUUUCUCUAUAUAUGUAAUAUUUUUACAAUAUUAAAAUUUAUAAGAAAGUUAAUUUGUAAUUAUAUUAAAAUUAAUUAAUAUAGAAAUAAUUUUAAGUACAUAAAAAUAUUUAAAUAUAAAUUUUUAUUGAAAAUUUUUUUAAAUGAUAAUAUAGUUAUUUGAAAUUGAAUAUCAAACUUACAACUUUGUUUUAUCGGAUAUUUAAAUUAUAUAUUAUUAUUAUUAUUAUUAUUAAAUUACAUAUAUUAUUCUAUAUAUAAUAAUGCAAAUACAUUUCUAUAUUAAAUAAUUAUCAUAUAUUAAUUCUUGAUAUUUUAAUUUGGUAAAAAUUAUUAUAUAUUAGAAAUAUUAUAAGAUUAUAUAUAAAUAACAUCAGCAAUGGAUAAUUUAUUGUUUAUUAUAAAAUAUAUGUUUAUAUUUUAAUGAUAAUUAAUAUAUUUAGAUAUUAAAAUAUACAUAUAUUAUUUUUUUUAAUUUUCUAAUUUUCUAAUUUUUUCAUAUGUUUGUUGAUUUAUAUAUGAUGUAAUAUAUGUUGAUUAAUAGUAACAUAAAGUAUAAAAUUAACAACAAUUAGUAUUUAGAUUUCUUUUUUAGAUUUAUAAAAAAUGCAUGGAAUCAAGAGAAUAUUAGUCUUUUGUUUAUUAACAACUGUAUUACCAAUUUUAUUUCUUAUAAUACCAUUGUAUUUACGUCAUAAUUUCUAUGCCAAUGUAGCAUAUGCUGUAACAGAUUCUGAUAUCUUAGAAAUUACAGAUGGUAUUUCUACAAUAUUUUGUUCUGCACACACAUUACAAAUGAAUAGAACAUUUAAUGCAUUUCAAAUGACACAAAAACCACAAAUUACUUCAUAUAGUAAACAUAUUCGUCUCAAAAAAAGUAUGAUAUUACCAGAUGAUACAUUGGAAUAUUGGGGAUUUUAUCUUUUAAAAGGAGCAAGUGUAGCACUUUCUGUGUGUUCAAGAUUUCAAGGUGCUUCUAUACUUGUAGUUAAAGGAGAACGCAAUUUACGAACAUGUGGUAUGUUGGAACAUCAUAAUACACAAAUUCUAAAAGGUAUAUUUUUACCGAAAGCUAAGGAACAAGUUAAAGUAACAUUUAAAUUAAAUACAGAAGAAAUUAAUUCCAGCAAUAACAUUACACAAGUCAUUUACAAUGGUACAUUAAAUAAUAUAGAAGAUAAAUUGUUAUGGAAUGUUACUUCAUAUUCAGGAGUCAAUCAUAUAUCUUAUGAAAAAAAUCAUGACAAGAAAUCAAAAAAAUUAAUACAAAACGAAAAUUUUCAACAUUAUAUAAAAUCUAUGCAAAAAAAAAAUAUAUAUAAUACUAGAAAAUUAAGACAUAUUAAAAAAAAACAAUAUAAAGAACAAAUAAAGGAAAUAAGAAGAAAUAGAAUAUUACAGGAAAAAAAAAAAAUACAAAAAAAUAUUAAAAUCAAAUCUUAUCUUAAACAAUAUAAAAAUGAAAAACAUAAUUUUUUAAUUUUAAAAAAGUUGCAAAGGAAAUUAAAUUUAGAAAAUAAUAUUGAAGAUAAUAUUAAAAAAAAAAUGAUAAUGCAGGAUAAAAUAUUAAAAAGAAGAAUCAGAAAUCAAGAAAUUGUUAAACCAACUUUUUUACUUGAUCAAGGUGUUAAACAUGGUGGAAAUGCAGGUAAAAAUGUAACAGAUAUUGAUCAUGAUUCUUCCGUAUCCAGUUUUGAAACCGAUUUAUUUAAAUGUUAUGGAGGCUCAAUUUUAAUAGCUCAAGAAUUUGCACCUUCUGAACAAUGUACUAAUGUUACUUAUUUACUUAAUAGUAAACAUAUGCAGGCAGUGCAUAAUGUUGUAGAAAAUGGUUAUUAUUACUAUAUUUUUUAUAGUGAUAAUGAUAUUGUGUCAAAUGAUAUAUAUGCAGUAUUUGAUAUCUAUAAACCUGUUUUUCAUUAUGAAAAUAUAACAAAGUCUUGUAUAAAUCAAACAAAAUGUUCCUUUUCAAUAAAUUUAUUAUCUUCUGAUAGGGUAAUUGUUGAAAUACCAACUAAAGAUAAUUUUGAAUAUGAAAUGAAUGAAGCUAAUUUACUUUUAUCAAUUUGUCAUCCACGUAUGGAAGUAUAUAUAAUUUUUCCUGUUGCAGUAUUAUUUUUUAUUCUUGCUUGUGCUUUUAUGUAAAAUAUGAAACAUAUUCUGUAUUCUAUAUAUGUAUAUACUGUCAAAUGAAUAUAUAUAUAUAUAUAUAUAUAUAUAUAUAUAUAUAUAUAUAUAUAUAUAUAUAUAUAUAAUAAUAUUGUAAAUAUUUGAAUUAUAAUGAUUCAAAUCAUAAAUUAUUAUAUUCAUCUAAUGAAGAUUUUAAAACAAAUGGAUACAAAAAUAUUUUAUAUAGAAAUAUUUAUAUAUGUAUUUAUAAUAAUACAAACAAUUAUAUCUAUAUAUAUUACAUAUAAUUAUUUUUAAUUAAUAUUAAUAUAAAAUUACUAUAGAAAAUUAUGUAAAUUAUAUGUAUAUAAUUAUAUAUUAUCAAUAUUCAUAUUUUGUAGAUAUUUACAUAUAUAUACAUGUUAAGUUUUCUAUUCAAACCAUUAAUUUAUAAGUAUAAUAUAAAUUAUAUGAUAAUAUGUUAAGAAAAAUUUCCAAAUUAACGCAAAAUAUUCGUGACAACAAUGAUAAAAUAUUUAUCAUAAAAGCGAAAGCAAAUUCGCAUAUCUAUUUACAUUAAAUAUUUUUUGUUGUUAUUAUAACUAUUUUAUUGAUUUUGUUUCUUUGAUAAUCAAUUUCUUUCAUAAAUAUUCAUAAAUUAUCAUCAAAUGAAAAAGAGAUAUUUUGCAAAAAAAUGUUAAGUUUAUAAUAUAAAUAUUGUUCUAUAUGCAAUAUUAAAUUUCAAUAAAUUUAUUUUUUACAUUAUAAA